AUGGCGACACCCACGCCCUCCAAAGACAAGGAGACGCCUUCCAAGAACCCCAACGCCUUCUCCCCUGCACCGCGCAGCGUUCCACCUACCGGAAACAUCCACAUGAUGUCCUACGACUCGCCUGCGGUACUGAACAUGCUCAACGAUGUUGCGAGCUCGGGUAUGGGAGGCGUCGGCAUGGGCAUAAGCAUGAGUGGACUAGGCAUGUCUAAUCUGGGCAUGACAGCAAGUGCAACAGGGCGCGCAGACGAGGCAGAGAGGAGUCGGAGGCUCCGAGAGAUAAUAGAUAUUAUAGGGAAGAAGCCAGGGCGCGUCAGUGAAGAAGGUCUGCUUGCGCUGUGUGACCGAAUAGGCAUAUCGUAUGAAAAGCAUAUGGACGAUGCAGGUACAUGGAGUCUUUUAAUUGGCGACGAGGCCCUUUGCGACGUCACCUUCAAGAACGAUGAGAUUGUCAGUGUGAAUUUACAGACCGGGCUAGACGACUCGAGACCCGACUUGAACUUUGGAGCUGCAGGGUCAGAGAUUUUGGUGAGAAGUCUGAGACCCCUUCCAGGCCAAAGCAAGUUCAAUGUCACGCUUGAGCGCUUCUCAGAAAACUUGGAGAAACUUUUGGCACUUGACAAGUUGGGCUCCUCGCAGAACGGAGGUAUUAGUUGCUACAACGCGAUUGCGGGCAUCUACACGAGCCUUCGGAAGCUGUUCGACCAUGAGAAGAAGCUUGAGCUUGCAAAACGGGCACCAGACGAGCGGUACAGGAUAUACAAGGCAGAGCGGGAGGUACUAUGCAAGAAGAGCGGGAGGCCUCGGUUUAAUGGCGGAUCGUGCCUUGGGCUAAGUCUAGAAUACUGGAUGGACUCGCGGUGGGUGAUUCCGAAGACUGCGCCGGAAGUACAGGAAAAAGGCAAAGAAAAGAUGGAUGCCAGCUCGCAAGAAUCCCCUUCAUAUCCCGAAGACGACUACUGGAGUAACAAUAAGAUGUACUCGCUGACUAUCGAGUGCGAAGCGUCGCCCUCAGCUCUCUAUACCCCCAUCCGCAUAUCGAACGAAUGGAUCAGCGACCAGGUCGAAAAGUCCAUGGAUAGCAAUGAUGCCAGCCACCUGGAAAACAUACUCAUGAAUACGUCUUCUAUAGACUGGCUUGAACCAAAACCGACAUAUCUCGAGGCGCCAGAGCAAACCGAUGAUGCCAUGAACCUCGACUCCGCUGCAGGAAGAUUACCAAAUGUACGAUUCGUUGCGAAAUUCAACCCGCCGCUCGUCGUACCUUAUGCUGUUCAUAUGCAACUCUACCAAACAGUCGGUAUCGAGCCUCGCAACGAUGAUCUACGACCAACCACAUUUGUUGGGCUUGCGCUGAGGCCUGGAGAAGUCGACCCUGGUAUGUCUGGUGCAACUGGCGAGUCUACACAUGAGAUUCGCAGCUCGCACCUGGCACUCUCAAAAGACAUUAAUGGCAACUACGAACAACAUCGUCACAACAUGAGUCUCUACGUACCAAAGCUAGAGUACAGCCGUACCCUCGAGAGUCUCCCAUUCAGCCAUCCCAAACAACUCGUAGAAAUCCUGCCAGUUCUGCGACAAUACGCACACGUCACCACGCUCCUCCGCAAAAGCUUCUACGAAGCACCACAAAAGCCAAUCCCAAUACACAAACUGGGCCAACCGCAGACCCCCAAACCAAAGACGGGCUCAUCAGAAAACUACCCAACCCUCCAACUCGACGUAACACUAAACUACACACCCCCAAUCCCACGCAUAACCCUUCAAGUCCCCCACCCGUCAUCCACAGCCCCCCCAAACCCCCCAGAAACCACUGCAGACGCAAUCUCCAACCUCCUCUCUGACCUCCUCACCCCCAAGGACCAACCCCCAGAACCCCAUCACGCGCCCCUAGCUGUAACCAUUGACGUGCACGCAAACGGCGAUCUCCUUGUCUCUGAGCAAAACAUAGUUUCUUCGCCUGCUCCCACGCUGAAACGCGAGUCAGAGGCGCACAUGCAGCACGAGGAUGAAGACGGGGCGCAGGAAAUGGUGGCGCAUCAGGAGAGAGUCAAGAGGCUGGCGAGUGGAUUGGAUGUAGCUGGGGAGUUGGGAGUUUGGGGUGAGUGGCUGAGAAGGGAGGUUGUGAAAGAGGAGAGGGCUUAG